CCCUUCCCUCCCCCCGGGACAGGAGCGGUCGCGGCACUUUUGGCUCCCGUGGGAAGGAAGCUGGGAGGUGUCAUGAUCCCAGAGGAGAUCCAGAGGCUCCUGGAAGAUGCUGAGGAUUACCUGGCAGAAGGGCUGCAGAAUGAACACUUGAGUGCUGAAGCCAGGGAGCAGAGGGAUGCAAUUCUUGUGGCCUUCCAGAGAGUCAAAGCCAGGUACCACUUGACUUUUGCAGCCCGAGGGGAGGAUCAGCAUGAGCCCGGCUUUGGACAGGACAGUUCUGACGAAAACCAGAGCUGCAGUUUGGCCCCUUCCAUGACAUCCCUUCCCUCAGACCUCCAGGAGGAUGGGCUGGAGGAGAACCCACCAAAGCCCGUCCCGGAUACAGGGAACAUCCUGAAGCAAGGAUACCUGGAGAAGAGAUCCCGAGAUCACAGCUUUUUUGGGGCAGAGUGGCACAAGAGGUGGUGUGUCCUCAACAGAAAGACCUUCUACUACUAUGCCAAUGAGAAAAGCAAGCAACCCAGAGGCACCUUCUCCAUCGAGCGCUACAGCGCCCGGCUGGUUUCCCACCUCCGCAAGGAUUCCCGGAAAAAAUGCUGUUUCGAGUUAACCUGCCCCGGCAAACGCACCUACGAGUUCACAGCCCCAAGCCCAGCAGAGGCUGAAGACUGGGUGGACCAGAUCCAGUUCCUCCUGAAGGACCUGAGCUCCCUGACCAUCCCCUGCGAGGAGGAGGAGGAGGAGGAGGAAGAGCUCUACAACGACGUGGACAGCUCUGACUCCAUGAACACCUCCCACAACACCACCCUGACCCAGGAGGAGCCCAACAUGGAGGGGGAAGGGGAGGACAUCUACGAGGUCCUGCCAGGUGAGAACCCAA